AUGAAGACCAGAAAACGUAGCGAUGAUCUCAGUGCCGACGAAAAAACUGCUCCAAAGCCAUCAGUACGUACCCAAGUGUCACAGUAUCAAAAGAACAGCGGCGCUUUGAAACUGCUGGAAGAUGAACCCUGGUUUCAUGGAUUCACGCCAAAGCGUGCUGUAGAGUAAGAAUUUUCAUGUCGAGGUUUUCAUGUUUUCUGAAUAGCCAGAGUUUUGUCUAUAAUUUAAACUAAAUUUUUUGAAAUUUGAAUAACUCUAAACCAAGUUAUGGCCAAAAAAUUAAGACUCAUCUAUCAUUUUUUCAUUCUAGGAAAAAAUUAGGCAGGCUAGGCGAUUGGCUAGUCCGGACCACCGAAUCUCGUCGAAAAACUGAAAUUGUGAUUAGCGUGCUCUCAGAUGGAAAUAAAAUCAUCAAUUAUUCUAUUGCCUACUCACGAAGUUCAAAGAAAUGGUAUCUGGGGAUUCUGGAGAAGAAACCGGUCCUGUUCGACACUGUGACAGAACUUAUCGAACAUUACCGUACUCAUCGGCUACCGGGCAUUAAAUUCAAGUUGAAUCGAGAGCGAGUACGUGAGCCAUGGCAUAUUGAAAGAAGCCGGGUGGAGUAUGAUCCUGACAAGGUGAGUUACAGUGAAUAUUAUGGAGGUUGUAGAGCAAGUUGUAGAAUUUAGCAAAAAAUUAUGAGCAGUUGAAGUUUGUUUAAUCCUAUAAUAUUUUUAAAUUGACUAUAAAAUCAUGUUUUAAUCAACUUUUAGGGUCUUCUUGGAGCCGGAAACUUUGGUCGAGUUUAUAAAGGCAAACUGAAAGCGGCUAAAGGUUCAGAUCAAUGUGAAGAAGUAGCCAUCAAGAUCUCGGUAGACAACGGUAAAAAAGAUCGAUUUGAGAACAAAGCCAAGAAAGACCUGCACAAAGAAGGCCUCGUACUAUCCAACUUUGACCACGCUAACGUUAUUAAAGUAAGUUUAAAAUUAGUAGUGGCACAUAAAAAAUGUGUAUGCAAGUUUAAAAUUGAUUUUAACCAAAACCUUUCAGUUUUACGGAAUGAUUCUAACAAAGCCCCCAUACAUGGUAAUCCUCGAGUUCUGUCCGGGUGGUGCCUUAUUAGACCACCUAACGAAGCAAGAGGAUAAGAUAACAGUAGGCGAACGAAUAUUAUACCUAUAUGAAGCGGCAAAAGGUAUGAACUACCUUCAUCGACACCAAUAUACUCAUCGAGACCUGGCUGCUCGAAACUGUCUAAUAUCACGUGAUGGGACUAUCAAGAUCGCCGACUUUGGCCUAAGCCAACACAUUCAAACAGCGCCGGAUAACUACGACAAAGAUGUUCAGAUUCCGUUGAGAUGGAUGGCUCCAGAAUCUUUGACUAAGAAACCCAAGUUUGGCACGGCUAGCGAUGUAAGAACGUUUUAGUAUUCGAAUUUCUUAUCAAAGUGAAACAUUGCUUGUCGAACUGGAAAGAUGUGAUUUUCUGAUAUUGUACAUGACAUUUUUCCUAAAUUUUAUGCCUUAAAGCCUAAAUUUAAGUAAAAAUCUUAAAAUUUUAGAUGUGGUCGUACGCAGUUUUCAUUUUCGAGGUGUUCAGCAACGGUGCCAAGCCUUGGCCAGAGGAAGAACAUCGUCGAAUCGCGGGCAAAAUCAGAAGAUGUCAGAUGAUGGAGAUGCCAAAGUCAGCCCCUGUUGAAGUCGUAAAGUUUGCAAAGACGGUGUGGAAACUUAAUCCUAUGGAACGGCCAACAUUCCCCGAAGCUCUUCCGGUUAUGUUCCGACUUCACAACGAGCGAUAUCCACCACCAGCUCCAGAAGAAUGCACGGUGAAUAAACUGAAAGGAGUAAUCAGGUGUCCCUUCGAUAAGGGUCUUGUAAGUUAAUUAUAAACAAUUAUAAUGUUUUCGAUAUUAUUGUAAUCAGUACAAUCUUAGCUUCCGAUAAUUAUAAAUUUGGUUAUUUUCAAAUCUGUUAACUAUCCAAAAAUUCAAAUGAAUGUGACUAUAAAUUAAUUAUGUAUAAUAUUUCAGGAACCCGACUACAAUCACCCAGUGAAAAGAAAGGAUGCUGAAGACGAGAGUGAACAAGAAUCUAAGUUUGGAACUGCUCAUGAAAAUACGACCACCACUUCAACGUACCAGAGCUCCGAAAUGGUAUCGAGUGAAGACAAACCGCCUUCUAAAGACUGA